ACAGAAGUAGAAGAAGAACUUCCGGUGGCGGCAGUUCAUAAACACAACUAUAGAAACUGUCGGCUCGGUGGCUGCAGUCAUGAAGUGUUUGAUCCAGAUCGUGGAUUCAACAGGGAGCAGCAGACUGUCUGGUCUCACAGUCUGAUCGGGAGACUGGAGUCUUGUUCUUCACCUGGGUGUAAACAUGUCAGUAGUAACAGUUCAGCUCGGUCAGUGCGGUAACCAGGUGGGUCAGGAGCUGUUUGACAUCAUCUGCAGUGAUGCUCAGGAGCCGCAGAGGAAAACGUACAGUACAGCCAGCUGUGAGAGGUUCUUCCAUCAAACUACACAGGGAGAGCUUGUGGCGAGGGCAGUGCUGAUAGACAUGGAGCCCAAAGUCAUCAACCAGAGUUUAACCAAGGCUGCAAAGUCUGGCAGGUGGAAGUAUGGAGACACUUCAUACUUCAGCCAGAAGCAGGGCUCUGGAAACAACUGGGCUAAUGGGUUUUGCGUCCACGGUCCUUGUCACAGGGAAGCGGUGGAGGAGUUGGUGAGGCGAGAGGUGGAGCGCUGUGACAGACUGGCUGGGCUCAUGGCCAUGAUGAGUGUAGCAGGGGGGACGGGGUCUGGAGUUGGCACCUAUGUUACUCAGUGUCUCCGAGACAUUUACCCCAAAUCCUUCAUCCUCAACCACCUCACCUGGCCGUACGGGACUGGGGAGGUGAUUGUCCAGAACUACAACUCUGUGCUGACGCUGGCACACCUCUACCAGCUGUCAGACGCCAUCCUGGUGCACGAGAACGACACGGUGCACAGGAUCUGCAGUCAGCUGCUCAACAUCAAACAAAUCUCCUUCAGCGACGUCAACAGGGUUAUCGCUCAGCAGCUGGGCGGCAUCCUGCAGCCCGCACUCACUGCCGACUCCCAUGGAGUCUACAGCAGAAAUCCUCUGGGUGAGCUGGUGAGCGCUCUUGUAUGCCACCCAGAGUACAAGCUGCUCAGUGUGUGUACCAUCCCUCAGAUGCCCAGUUCCUCCAUAGCGUACAGCACGUUCAGCUGGCCAGGUCUGCUCAAACACCUGCGACAGAUGCUCAUCUCCAACGCCAAGAUGGAGGAAGGUAUAGACUGGCAGGUGCGUCCACUUGCCGGCUCUGAGAGGACCAGGAGUCUCACAGGUCCCAGUUUUAACACCUCUCUGGCCAACCUGCUCAUACUGAGAGGCAAAGACGUCUACAGUGCAGAGACAGGCGGCUUUGAGGACCCAGCCCUCUACACCUCCUGGCUCUCGUCAGGAGAAGCUUUCAACUUGUGGAAAUCCCCGGUGCCUUUUAAUAAGUACGAAAAAUCUGCUACGCUGGUCAGCAACAGUCAGGCUCUGCUCAAACCGCUGGAUAACAUGGUGGGAAAAGCCUGGAAUAUGUUUGCCUCCAGGGCUUAUAUCCAUCAGUACACUAAGUUUGGGAUCUCAGAGGAGGAUUUCCUUGACAACUUUACAUCUCUAGAGCAAGUUAUCUCCAGCUACAGUCAACUGUGCUAGUAGUGAAGAAAAAUAAAGAGCACCUCCUUACCUUUGACUGUCCCUUUGGACUUGAAGUGGACAAUAACAUCAUGUGGGACAUUGCUGAUGAUUUAUUAAAAUGGAAUAUGUAAAUAAAACAAAUGGUUUAUUUUAA